AUGGGCAACGCAAACCGCCCGAGAUUACCGGCGGCGGCGAGAGGGGCUCCGGAAAAUCGAGCCGCCGCCGCCCUCCCAAACGCCGAGUUUCACCGACCCACGGCCGGCGGGCCGACAACCACCCUUCUCACCCCAACGCCCGCCCGCCGCGGAAAUCCCAGCACCAGCCGGGAGAUUUCUGAAGAGAAAGAUUCCCCCCACACCCUUCGGGGCGAGGAUGCGCCGCCUCACGCAGUGACAUCGGAGUCCAAUGCGCCGCCCAAGAAUGGGGACCACGGUUCUUCUUCAGAGGGUGCUGCAGCAGGAAAUGGGAAGAGUGAAACUUUAUCUUUACGCAAGGAUACCCUCCGGUAA